UCAUGCCAUGUUUCAUUUCAUUACAAUUCACGUUUUACAGGUUCCAAUUUGCUUGAGUUGUUUACUUACAACUUACUACUUGAUACGCGAUAAUCGUUAGGGUGGAAAAACUAUUAGCAAUGGCUGGGAAGCAAACUUUUGGCGUAGUUGCUGUGAGCCUAUGUCGCCGGAAACAUACAAUGUCAACAGUGUAUCGUCCCGUGAAAACAAUAGCACCGGCGAAAGGAGGAGGUGGAUCAACCCAGCAAGUCAAUAUUUCUAAAAGUCAAAGGUUGAUGGCUGACAAUGGUCUCAUUCGUCAGUCCAGUUGUCCAGGAUCAUUUCACUUACUUCCAGUAGCCCUCAGGUCACAGGAAAAAUUGGUUCGUCUCGUGGACAAAUUCAUGGAGAAAGCCGGCUGUCAGAAAAUACAAAUGCCAAUAUUAACUUCUGAAAAUUUGUGGAAUGCCACUGGGAGACUAAACGAAUGUGCUCCGGAGCUGAUGACCGUGGCUGACCGACACAAUAAACGCUUCCUCCUGAGUCCGACACACGAGGAAGCAGUUUGUGACUUAAUCAAUGGUUGCCAAACAAGUUACCGUCAACUGCCUCUUCGAUUGUAUCAAAUGACAGAUAAGUUUCGGGACGAAAAAAGACCAAGAUUUGGUCUCCUAAGGGCAAGACAGUUUCUAAUGAAAGAUUUGUACACAUUCGAUACCACAGAAGAGAAUGCAAUCAGGACAUAUGAUGAAAUUGUUACGAUUUACGGACAACUAUUCGACUCUCUUGGUCUCAAAUGGAUGAAAGCUUCUGGAUCCACUGGAACGAUUGGAGGAAAGCAAUCUGACGAAUUUCACUUAAUUUCCGAAGUCGGAGAAGAUAAUUUAAUUCAUUGUAACUCGUGCAACGUCGCCUUCAAUGAAGAACUAUUAACGAAUACGGAACAUCGGACGGUAGCAGUUGGUGCAGCAACGAUGUCGCAGUCAACUGCUUCGUCUCCAAAUCCAACUUGUAUUAAAUGCGGCUCUUCAGAUCUUUCCUCUUCGAAAUCUAUCGAGAUUGGACACGCCUUUCUUCUGGGCACCAAGUAUACCCAGCCGUUAAAGACGAUGUACAUCACAGCCGACAACGAGUCUGUCCUUAUGGAAAUGGGCUGUUAUGGGAUUGGCGUAUCAAGAUUAUUAGCUGCUGCAUUAGAAGUGUCUUCUACUGACAAGGAACUUAGAUGGCCAGUGUCAAUUGCACCAUAUCUCUUGAGUAUUUUACCACCAAAGGGUGGCAGUAAAGAAGCAAAAGUCGGAGACUCGUUAUUUCAGAAUUUUUAUAAAGUUAUGCACGAACUUUUAGGGAAUGACGUUAUAAUUGAUGACCGUUUAGAUCAAACGGUUGGCAAACGAUUACUGGACACGAAAAAAUUGGGAAUUCCGUAUGUUGCUGUUUUUGGGAAAAGUCUUAUAACUGAUUCUGGCACUCCCUUGAUUGAGUUACAAGAUACAAAUAAUGGAACUGUGCAAACGCUUUCGUAUCGGGAGGCAGUGAAUUUUAUAUAUGAUGCCAAAGUUAAAAGUGAAGUGUGACUAAUUAAAUGCUAAAAAAAUAUAUAUGCAAAUAGUUUGUGACUCACAAGUUCAAGCUUUCGCAUAUUCAUUCUUAUUUUAUGACCAUAAUCGUUUACAGUUGUACGCAACGCAGGAUUACCCAACCAAACAGAAAAUCACAUAAAUAUGUACAAGUUUUAAACAAAGUGUUGUGCAGAAAGGAAGGUGCAACUUAAUUAUCUAAAUUAAUUAAUAGUUAAAUUUUAAAGGACGUGGACGCAUAAACUCAUCAACUUCUUGUUCCGUUAUUUUUGCCCUUCGUAGUUGGAGAUCAGCAACCAUUUUUUGUAGUUCAGCUAUCAAAAUAGCUUUCAAUUCUCCAGUGAGCAUUUUCCCAGAUGUAUAAUUCUACGUGAAAAAUUGGGGUGAAAUUAAUUUAGUUUGAUUUAUUGGUGACGGAGAAAAAUUUACCUGACGAAUUUCUUCCAAUUUAUCAUCAUCUGGGCAAAAGAAUCUCAAAUACUGAUAGGAAACGUCUAUAUCACAAUUUCCACCAAAUUCUCGGUGUUCCUCGACAGAUGCUUUGCCCCCAGAAAAGGCGAAUUUAUUAAUCUGUAAAACAAUCAGUACACCAUAAUAUUACGCAGUUUAUGUAAUGCCACUCACAAAUAUGCACUACAAACCUUCUUUUUAAUUUGAGCAGCCGUGUCCGUCACAAAUAUUGCAGAAUUUUCAUCCGACGCAGACAUUUUGGAUUGGGCACCUUGUAGGGCAGGAAAAAAUGUGGAGUGCAUGAGUGCUGGUUUGAGAUAUCCAAGUCGAGGGGCCACAUCUCGCGUCAUACGGAAAUAUGGGUCCUAAUAACGGGAGUAGCACAUGAUUGUCAUACCGCUGUCUCCAAAUCCAAAACAACCUCGGGCUUGGUUAAAUGUAACACUUCUGGAGACGAGAGCAAUGUUCUGGUAAAACUGUGGACACUGGCUAAAAAUAAUAAUUUUGAUGUGUUUAAUUAAUCGUCUCUCAAUUCGCUAUUCGUUCGCUUAGAAUCCUACCCAAUAUAACUAAAAUCUGAGAAAAUAAAUGUUUUCUCCAUGUCAAAUCCC